AUGGCGCCGCCUAGUGGAAGAGAGGAGCAAGAGUCGCGGCUGCUGCUUACUUCCGGUUCUGCCGCCGCCGCCGGGGGAUGCCCAUGCCGGCCGGGUGAGGUCAGCUCCGGGGUGGAGCAGCCCGGUGGUGCAGUGAGGAGGCUGCGAGGGGGGCAAACAAAAGAAAGCCCGAAGCGACCGAGCCGGGAAGCUGCUGCCGGGUGAGUGCGAAGGGUCGCAAUAAUGACACUGUCAGGGGCUGGCGUUUCCCGCCCCGUCCUGGGGGGAAAGUGGACUGGCAGGGAAUCUGAUGAGAGAUAGAGGGUGUUGAGGAAUACCGAGGCGAGUCCGGAACACUGAGGACUAGUAACCCCCCUUUUUUUGAUGGGGAAGCGGGGACAUCGGGUAUGUCCCCUCCACACACACACUUGCGCUGGGUGGGGUUGUUUGGUAUUUCUUUUUAGUAUCGAGGUGGAGGACCAGUAACCGUGUUUUAGCUAGUGAGUGGCGGGGGGGUCGGGGAAGGACGUGGAUCUCGGGAAAUAGAGAGGAAGAUUCCCCAUUUCCACACGCUGUUUUAGAGUAUUGGGAAGGAGAGGGGCGUCUGGUAAAGAGGACGUCCUCAGAAACCUCGGGGACCAGCAACUUUUAUUUAUCGAUUGGCAUAAUGGAGGAGGAUUCUCUCCCACCCUCACUUCCAACCUACACUGGUUUUGUUGAGGUGGAAAGGGGCGUCAGGGAAAGGACAGCCUCAGGAACCUACAGAACCAGUAACCUUGCUGCCAGUGAAAGGGGAAGGAGAGGAACUUGGGCAAUGCAGAGCUGGGAGAAGGAUCCCCUGCCGGUCGCUGCUUUUGAGUAUUGGGGUUGUCUCUGGGAAAGAGAGUAGGCUUAGGACCUGGAGGACUUAGUAACCUGGUUUUGUAUGAUGUCAGUGAAGAGGAGGGUGAGCGAGGAUGGCGAGAGAUGUGUGCCCGGCAGGGUGGAGAGGAGCAUGCAAUGCCUUCAGCUUGUGAGCUUUGCAAGCGUGGAGAGUGGAGAGAAACCCUAGGAAAAUCCUGGGUUGCAGAAGGACCGGUGUGUGUGUGUGUGUGUAAAGUUUAGGACUGGCAAUUCCUCAGUUGAGAGGGAAGGCCGUAAAGAAAGGAAGGGGGUGCUGCACGUGUAUGAAAGGAAUUUCUAGGGGGCUGGGAUGGUGGGUGUGAUUCGUUCGGUAAGACAGUAGAAGAGGUAUGGAUGUGACAUGGCCAUCAACAAUCAUACCCGGGGCUUGCAGAGGAGUUGGUGGCAGAGGUAGGGAGAGUGACAAUGGGGGGGGGGAGUUAGGAAGAGUGGGUUUCCCCGGAGAUGUGUUGUGGAAGAGAUCUGAGACUGGGUUUGUUGUGGGCAUGGAGAGCGAGUGAGGGGGGGUGUUAGGAAGAGGGAAUUAUCUAAUCCGCCAACCCCAAGAUCUGCUAUGGCAGAAUAUUCUUGCAAAGAGAGCCAGUGUUAGAGUAGGACCUGGGAGACCAGGGUACACUCAAUCAGGAAACUCACUGGGUGUGUCCUUGGGACCAGUCACUGCCUUUUAACCUAACCUACCUCACAAGAUUGUUGUAGGGAUUAUAUUAAAAAGGGGGAGAACAGUGUAGGCCCCCUUGAGCUCCUGGGGAGAAAAAAGGUGGAACAUACAUUCAGUAAAUAAUUAAAACGAAUGCAGGACACUAGUAGCAAUUGAAGGUUUAUUGUGAGCAUUGAGAGCGAAUAAAAGCGGUCUAUAAAAAGGGAGCUUUGCUUAUGAUUCAGAAAAUAGUGGGGAAGGGAUAUUUGGAAGGGGUGGGGGAGGUGCAGAAGGGUUUGGAAGGCUUGGCAGUUGGAAAACAGUCACCUUUUUGUAGGUUCUCGAAUUAAUUGGUUAUUUUCCAAGUGGGGAGGGCGGGAUUUAUUGGCUGUCUCCCACCUCUAGCACUUGUUGAAUAAGAGAUGGUGGUGGAGGGUUGUGAGGUGGCACUAAAGAAGGAAACUGAAGCAUUGUGGAUAGGAACAAAUUUAGGGUGUGUGUUUAUCUCUUGUGCUGUUUUUGAAAGUGGAUCUCAAAAGCGAGAAGGUGAGUGAUGACAGUUCUUCUUAAGCUGUUCUUGGAACUUAGGGGGCUGGCAAGGGGGAGGGUAAAUAGGGGCAGAAGAGUUGUCAAAGGGGCUGAGUCUGAGAAUGUGCCCCAGUGCCAAGUAACUUUUUAUUUUUGGGGUGACAGGGGAAGUGACAUUUUGGGGUGACAUUAAGGGCAAGGAGAGGAAACAGAGACUCCUUUGCCACGUUGUGUUGCUGGCAAUUAAGGGGUGGCAGACAGAAAGUGAAGGAAGGAAUAGUGCCUGGUUGGCAAGAAACACUGAUGAGUCAAGCUGUGAGCAAGUCACAGAAGGGCUGGAGAAGCUGGGUGGGUGGUGUUAUCGUGUUACUAGUCCAUGCAAUGUGAGUAAAGGGGGGGGGGAAGGGGGGCAUCUGGCAGGGACCGGUGAAGUGAAAACAAAGGGGUGGCAUUCUGUUGAGGAGAGUUAGGUGUGUGUGUGUGUUAUUGCAUUCAGCUACCUCAAAGAAUGGGGUGUGCAAGCAAACUUUUUGGCACCCGUGGGGAAGGUAGGUUGUUGGAAAGGAAGCAGGAGUAUUGGGAAGAGGCAGGAGAAAGGGUGUCAGUGGAAGGAAAAGGCCGGGGUGGAGGAGGAAAAUAUUUGGGUGUGGGACAUUGGAGAGCAAUGUUUAGCUUUAGGUGCUGCCUGAUUGGGAUUUUUGCAGUCAAGCCUCCAGAGUGAUCUCUGUUGCUGGAUGCCUCAGAGCCCUUUAAACUGCCAUGAGCCUGUUUUAUGAUUGUCCUGGCCUUCCAGUAAUUGGGGAUAGCAGGUUGCUGUAAAAACAGCGAGAGGGUGUGCAAAUUUACACUGCAGCAAUGUGGCCUCUUUUAAGGUUUAUGGGAUUAUUCCAUUUACAGAGAGCAAGGUCAUCUGAGGUGAUGUCUUUUUGGAGUCCUGGGGCAAGUAAAGGGAACACUGUCAAAUGUGAAGGUUCCAGGAAACUAGCCAGUGUCCUCAAGGCAAGGAUGUGCAAAAUCAUGGCUUGACUGAAUUUCUUUUUUAAAUGGAGUGGAGCUUCUGCAUUGCCUAAUUCUGAAAUGCAUCACUUUUGGGGAAAGGGUGGGGCUCCUCCUUUAAUUACUGCCCACUUGAUUUCAAAAUUUUGUGUGUGUCAUCAUUUCAGCAGUAUACUGUACAUGAUAUUCUGUACAUUUAAUGCACCCCAGUGAAUCCUGAGAGCUGCUGUUUACCCUCCACAGAGCUGGAAUUCCCAGCACCCUUAACAAACUACAGUUCCCAGAAUUCUUUGGGAGAAAUCAUGUUUUUUAGAGUUAUAGUGUGGAUGUGACCAAAGAUCUUAUUUAAUAAUCUUGAAAAUGUUGGGUUAGUUUUUACCCUUUUUAUUGUGAAAUUGCUUCAAGGUGCUUUACAGGAUGGGACGCGGGUGGCGCUGUGGUCUAAACUACAGAGCCUAGGGCUUGCUGAUCAGAAGGUCAGUGGUUUGAAUCCCACGACGGGGUGAGCUUCCGUUGCUCGGUCCCUGCUCCUGCCAACCUAGCAGUUCGAAAGCACGUCAAAGUGCAAGUAGAUAAAUAGGUACCGCUCCGGCGGGAAGGUAAACGGUGUUUCUGUGCGCUGCCCUGGUUUGCCAGAAGUGGCUUAGUCAUGCUGGCCACAUGACCUGGAAGCUGUCUGUGGACAAACGCCGUCUCCCUCGGCCAGUAAAAUGAGAUGAGUGCCCCAACCCCAGAGUCGUCCGCGACUGGACCUAACGGUCAGGGGUCCCUUUACCUUUACUUUACAGGAUGUGAUUCACAAAUGGAAUGAAAGCAACAGAAAGUAAAAUGCUUGUUGUGUUUUAAAUGUAUCGUACUUAUGCAGCCUUACUGCUGUGAAAUAUACUAAUACUGUAUUCAGCAACUUUGCAUGCUGGGACGGAGAAAUAAGCUAAGUGGAGAAAGUAUACUAGUUCAAGAGCAAAAUUCAAGGUGUUGAUGUUGCUGGGCGACAAAUCCCUUCAUCCCUGACUAUUGGACAUGCUGGCUGCUGCACUCCCAUGAUGUCUAGAGGAUUGUUGGUUUCUGAACCCUGGCUUACAGCUUUAUGCUGUGGCUCACCCAGUGAAGAUGGAUCGGCAGUUGAUUGCAAAGUAAUUCAUCAUAAGAUACACAAUUCAAUUAAGGCUUUUUCUGCCACAAGAUGCGGCAAUGGUCACUUGGCCUAGACAUCUUAAAAGCGAGACAAGUCACAUGGCAAGGAGGCAGGAAGAUACCUUUCAGUGUCUACUCAGCGAAACCUCUCUCUUCAGAUAAGUUAUGCCUCUGAAGGGAUAACAAUGGGCUGUAGUUGCGUGGUAAAGUAAAGGUAAAGGGACCCCUGACCAUUAGGUCCAGUUGUGGUCGACUCUGGGGUUGCGGUGCUCAUCUCACUUUAUUGGCCGAGGGAGCCGGCGUACAGCUUCCGGGUCAUGUGGCCAGCAUGACUAAGCCACUUCUGGCGAACCAGAGCAGCGUACGGAAACGCCGUUUACCUUCCCGCCGGAGCGGUACCUAUUUAUCUACUUGCACUUUGACAUGUUUUCAAACUGCUAGGUUGACAGGAGCAGGGACUGAGCAACGGGAGCUCACCCCGUCGCGGGGAUUCAAACCACCGACCUUCUGAUCGGCAAGUCCUAGGCUCUGUGGUUUAACUCGUGGUAGAGUACCUUAUUUGCAUGCAGAAGGUUCCUGGUUCCAGGCAUCUCCAGGUAGGGAUGGGAAAGAUACCUUCCCGAAAUACUGAAGAACCACCUCCAGUCAGGAUAAGCAGUGCUGAGCUAGAUAAUCCCUUGGCUUGGUAUAAUGUAGGUUUCUCUGUUCCUGUGAAACAGUUACUGUCCUCAUGCAUUGCUUCUGGAAUUUCUGAAAGCAUCUGUUUGGCCAUUGCUAGAACUUUACUAGUGGUGAAGCCUUCUAUUAUGUUGUUAUGUCUGUUGUGGAAGUUGAAACAGAGGCCUUGUAAACACCUGGUGGUGGUGGUUUGGUAUUUUAAGAGUAGCCAAAAUUGAAAGAGUGAUGCCCAAGUCAUGCCAGUUAUUGCUCACAGCAUUCUCUGGACCAAGAGAGUGUUUGGUUUGAAACCUGGUCCAUCCCAAAGGGCUGAGGAAGAGAAUUGCAGUGUCCCAAAAAUCUGGACACCCAACAGCAUGCAAUGCACCAGUUUGCCCCACUGGCUUGUGGGAGAUAUGACAAUGUCAUGGCCACACCUGGAGCUGCCAAGCAUACCCUUUGGCCUUAGCGGUAGCUACAAACCAGUUCAGAACUGUAACUAAAUAUGAAAGCUGUGUAAGUGUUGAUGCCUGGGGCCCUUCCCACCCCAUCCUGGGAACCACCCAGUUGUGAAAUUACCAGAGGAUUUCUCUUUGUGGUGAAGACCGUGUUUUCUUUGGGAUUUAGGGCUCACCCUGGUGAAGAAGGCUUGACUAGGAAAUCCUGAUGUGUUACUCAGUUAAAGUACAUUUGUAAUUGUUUGCUUUUCUGUCAGUUAGUGAACACCUUCAAUAAAAAAUUACAUAUGAGUAAGUAAGUAAGUAAGUAAAUAAAUAAAUAAAUAUUUUUUUAUUUAUACCACGCCCUUCCUGGUUCAAAAACCGGGCUCAGGGCGGCUAACAACUAAUUUAAAACACUUAAUUGUAAAAGCAGCAUAAAAUACAGUAUAAAAAAACGAAUACAGUGGUACCUCUGGUUAUGUACUUAAUUCGUUCCGGAGGUCCGUUCUUAACCUGAAACUGUUCUUAACCUGACGCACCACUUUAGCUAAUGGGGCCUCCCGCUGCCGCCAUGCCGCUGCCGCACGAUUUCUGUUCUCAUCCUGAAGCAAAGUUCUUAACCCAAGGUACUAUUUCUGGGUUAGUGGAGUCUGUAACCUGAAGUGUAUGUAGCCCGAGGUACCACUGUAACAAUAAAAUUCAAAGUUCAGAAAUCAAUUUAGGGGAAAUCCAUCUAAUAAGCAUUAGAUAAUCACCAGGGCUAGCUGGCUGAAUUAGUCCUACUUGGGCCAGAGAGGAGGCCAGGGGAGAAUUAGCUGUGGGGUCUCAGAGCGGGUAAUCUUCAUAAAAGGGGAGGGGGAGGGAAGAGAAGGGAAAUAAAAGAUCAGGCUGAAUUCAAAUUAAAGGCCAGGCAGAAUAGCUCUGUCUUACAGGGCCGACAGAAGGAGGUUAAAUCCUGAAGGGCCCUAGUCUCAUGGGACAGAGCAUUCCACUAGGUCGGAGCCAUCACUGAAAAGGCCCUGGCCCUGGUGGAGGAUAGUAUGACUGCCUUAGGGUCCGGGACCUCUAAACUAUGGUUAUUCAUUGACCUUAAGGUCCUCUGUGGGGCAUAUCAGGAGAGGCGGUCCCGUAAAUACAACCCUAACCCUAACCCACAAAUUGGAAAAGCUUCCUUUGUUUUCAGAUGCCCUGUCAGGCUUCAUCUUGGGCAUUUCCAACUUUAUGUGCAUCUCUUGAUACAAGUUUCCCCCCAGCAAUAUUUGUAUUCAUUGGGUGCAUGUAAGUUCUAGUUGUAUUGUGAGACUAUAGAGAGGUGAUUGCUCUCUGCACUUUUUGUAUUCCAUGCAUUCCAAUGUAUGUGUACUUUAUUGGCCUUGCAGGCCUAGGGGCCAAAUGUGGGCCUCCAGGGAUCUCUGUCUAGCUCUUGGGACUCUCCCUAGACCACACACCUCACUGGUCCUGCUAUGCAUCCUCCUCAUGUGCUUUUGACGGGCUGGAAUGCGCCCACAAACUGUGGUAGCACCUUUUGCUUGUCUGGAUAUGGACGUAGAGAUAAAUGUGUAGUGCGUGGCUGGAAUGCUGCAUACCUGAAUAGUUGCUGCUGUUGCAAUACCUGCUUCUGCCCCUGGCCCCCUCCCAACACCAGCAUGCAUGCAGGAAUGUGACCCUCAGGCUAAGACAGGUCCCCAUCCUUGAAACCAGCCAUUGAUUUGAUUUAGCUGUUUUCUUUUCCUAUUCUUAAGGGGCUCAUUGGGAGUAUGAAUGUCACUGAGAUGUUUUGUAUCCUAAAAACGGUUAUUACUAAUACAGUGGUACCUCGGGUUACAUACGCUUCAGGUUACAUACGCUUCAGGUUACAAACUCCGCUAACCCAGAAAUAUUACCUCAGGUUAAGAACUUUGCUUCAGGAUGAGAACAGAAAUCGUGCAGCGGCGGCGCAGCAGCAGCGGGAGGCCCCAUUAACUAAUGUGGUACCUCAGGUUAAGAACAGUUUCAGGUUAAGAAUGCACCUCCGGAACAAAUUAAGUACUUAACCCGAGGUACCACUGUACCGGGAUGGUUUUUGGAUGAAAUGUGCCUUGUGUGUUGAAAGUGGGGAGUGGCUGUGUAGGGAUAGCGGCCUUUGGGUUCCUUAGUCAAGUAUUUUGGGUUGGACUAUAAAACCUAGCCACACUCAGCCCACCUUAGUAAACCGUGUGCUUCUUUUUCAGGAAUUAG